CCAUCGCCACCAAGGGCCUGCCGUAGCCGGGAAGUGAAUCGCCUCCAAGGACUCCACUCAAGAAGCUCUGACCCUUGGGCCCAAAAUUCUAACUGAACCGAGUAGGGCUACUGGAACACACUGCCAAAUCGCCGAGGAGGCCCGGGAAGCAGGUGGUGGGAAGCCUCUGAUCUCGGAGCUCUACUGUGCCACCCAGCAUGUGCACUGGAGGCUGUGCCAAGUGCCUGGGGGGCACCCUCAUCCCCCUGGCUGUGUUUGGCCUCCUGGCGAAUAUCCUGCUGUUCUUUCCUGGCGGGAAGGUGAUAGAUGACAACGACCACCUUUCUGAAGAGGUCUGGUAUUUCGGAGGAAUAGUGGGAAGCGGCGUCUUGAUGAUCUUCCCUGCACUGGUGUUCCUGGGCCUGAAAAACAAUGACUGCUGUGGGUGCUGUGGCAACCCAGGCUGUGGGAAGAGAUUUGCGAUGUUCUCCUCCACGCUGUUUGCUCUGAUUGGAUUUGUGGGUGCUGGGUACUCCUUUGUCGUCUCCGCUGUCUCCAUCAACAAAGGUCCUAAAUGCCUCUCGACUAACGGUACAUGGGGAUACCCCUUCCACAACGGUGAUUAUCUUAACGACCAAGCCUUGUGGAACAAGUGCACACAGCCCCAGGAUGUGGUCCCCUGGAAUCUGACCCUCUUCUCCAUCCUGCUGGUCAUCGGAUUGAUCCAGAUGGUGCUCUGUGCCAUCCAGGUGAUCAAUGGCCUCCUGGGAACCCUCUGCGGAGACUGCCAGUGCUGUGGCUGCUGUGGGGGGAAUGGAGCAGUCUAAGAGGUUGUGAUGACUACUCCAACUUGACAGCACUUCCAGUGGGAAGUCCCGCCCCAGGACACACCCCAGACCCAACCUUGCCCACAGGGGAUGCUAAUUGCUGUCUUUUUCCUCCUUGGCAGAGGUUGAGAGGCACAGAAUCUUUUUCUCUUUUCAAAUAACUUUGCUCAACCUAGAAAUUUGGUGGGUUUGUGGGUUUUUUUUUUCAAAAACAUAAAAACAACUGGGUAACUUUACAAAUUAGCCCCACUUUAGGAUCCCAGAACAAGUUAAGAGCGUUUUUUUUUUCAUGAUUUCCCCUAGAAAAUGUAAACAAGAUGAAGCCGUUUGUCCCUCUAUUAUACCCCUUCUUUGUAUAUAAAGAUGUUCAUAUUUUAGGAGGAUUUGCAUAGCUCUAAGGAAAAAACAACUUAAAGUGAAAACCAGUUUUUCAAGGUGCAUGGAUAAGGAGUAAUUGCUGUAUGAGAUAUUUCUAUGUGGAGUCUGUCUGGGCUAGCCUGUCUGGGCUACUUGUGACUGGUUUUAUGAGCCUGUCAUCAUUAGCCAGGGUUCCCACAUGUAUAUGAAAUUAAAUUAAUUAAAUUCAGAAUUAAAAUAAUAAA